CGCGCACGCUGAUCCGGUGCGCUCGAGAUCUCCGCCGUGCGAAGGGAAGCUCAACGGUGCUUUACAGUCCUGUCAAUAAAAACUGAGAGGAGCACGUCAGAAAAGAGGUCUAUCUGUUUAUUUAACCCAUAUUUCCAGCGAGUAAUUGAUUCAGUUUCGGGAUUCGGAUUGUUGUAGCUCGUGAGGGACACUUGGAAAGACUUUCUUCAGCUGAUUCUCCGAUCGCGCUUCGGCUCUACCGGAUACCCGCGCUUGAAUUAUUCCAUGAAGGAUCAAGAGUUGCUUUUUCACGCAAAGUGGAUUUUUUUGCACUCGAUCGUGCCGUGGGUCCGUGUGUGUGUGUGUGUGUGUGUAUGUGUGUGUGUGCGCGCUGUGUGUGUGUGUGUGUGUGUGUGUGUGUUUCACUGAAGAUCAGAGUCGCUCCUCCUGAUCGGGUGUUUUCUCACUGCGAUCUGUUUCCAUGUUUUUAGGUUUAUGUGAUAUUUCUAAAAUGCAUCAUCAUCACCAUCAUCAUCACCAGAGAAUGGCCACAUUAGGGACGGAUAAAGAACUUAGCGAUUUACUGGAUUUCAGUGCGAUGCGAAACAGCGAUUUGAAAAUGUUCCCAACAUCAAUGAUGUUUUCCCCUCCAGUCAGCAGUGGAAAAAAUGGGCCGACAUCUCUAGGAAGUGGACAUUUCUCCGGCUCAAAUUUGGAAGACAGAGCAAGUUCGUCUUGGGGAAAUGGAGUUCGUGCCACAAAGAAUUACGCAGACGGCUCACAGUACGGUCACAUGGCCAGCCGGGACCUGGGGUCACAUGACAACAUCUCUCCGCCAUACGUCAACUCUAGAUUAGCAGGUAAAACAGAACGAGCGUCGUAUUCAUUUGGACGAGACUCCAGCGUACACGGCUGUCAUCAGUCUAGUCUCAUGGGAGGUGAGGUGGGGAUGGUCAGUCCUGAGACCGUGUCGCCCACCAAACUGGGCUCGCAGUAUUACCAGCAUUACGCAGGAAACCCGCGGCGACGACCCUUGCACAGUGACUCCAUGGAAGUCCAAACGAAAAAAGUUCGGAAAGUUCCUCCUGGUUUGCCGUCCUCAGUAUACGCCCCGUCUGCAAGCACUGCCGAUUAUAACCGUGAUUCACCGGGUUACCCCUCAUCAAAAGCACCGGGCAGCAGCUUUCACAGUUCUUUAUUCAUGCCAGACGGUCAUCAUAGUGCAGAUCCAUGGAGCUCGUCCGGCACUAUGAAUCAGCCCGGAUUCAACAGCAUGCUGGGAAACUCCACGCACAGCGCUCAGAACAGCAGUUACUGCGGCAUUCACCCACACGACAGACUCAGUUACCCGUCUCAUUCGUCGGCUGAGAUUAACCCCAGUCUUCCCCCCAUGUCCAGUUUCCAUCGCAGCGGCGGGACGAAUCACUACAGCGCGGCAUCCUGCUCAGCCACGACUAAUGGAACGGACAGCGUCAUGGCAAAUCGAGCAUCGAGCGGAGCAGGAAGCAGUUCGCAGACGGGAGACGCAUUAGGAAAGGCCCUGGCUUCAAUCUAUUCCCCCGACCACACCAAUAACAGCUUCUCAUCAAACCCCUCCACCCCUGUGGGAUCACCCCCCUCGCUCACAGCUGCUAGUUCAGCCGUUUGGUCGAGAAACGGUCAGGGAGCAUCAUCCCCGAGUUACGAGCCGCCGCUGCACUCGCUGCAGAGUCGUAUCGAGGACAGGUUGGAGCGAUUGGAUGACGCGAUUCACGUGUUGCGCAGUCAUGCAGUCGGCCCGUCCACAGCGAUGCCCGGCGCUCAUGCAGACAUGCACGGACUGAUGAAUCCCUCACACUCUCAUAACGGGGCGAUGAGUGGCCUGAGCGGUGGGUACAGCUCAGCACUGCUGCCCGGCAACAGACACUCGCUCAUGGUGGGAGCUCAUCGUGAGGAUGGUGUUGGUUUGAGGACCGGUCAUUCUAUCGUGGCCAAUCAGGUUCCAGGACCGCAACUUCCUGUGCAGUCGGCCACUUCCCCCGACCUCAGCCAUUCCGACCCUUACAGGGCUCUCUCGGCCGGUCUUCAGGGUCAGAGUGCCUCGUCCGUGAGUUCAGAGAUUAAAUCGGAAGAUGAAGGCGAUGAGAAUCUGCACGACAGUAAAUCUCUGGACGCAAAGAAAGAGGAUUUGGACAUCAAGGAUCUGAAAUCUAUAGAGAGUAACAACGAUGACGAGGAUUUGACCCCGGAACAGAAGCUCGAGCGCGAGAAAGAGCGGCGGAUGGCGAAUAACGCUCGCGAGCGUCUGCGUGUCCGGGACAUCAACGAGGCGUUUAAGGAGCUCGGCCGCAUGGUGCAACUGCACCUCAAGAGCGACAAACCGCAGACCAAACUGCUCAUACUGCACCAGGCCGUCGCUGUCAUCCUGAGUCUGGAGCAACAGGUCAGAGAGCGGAACCUCAAUCCAAAAGCGGCAUGUUUGAAGAGACGAGAAGAGGAGAAGGUGUCGUCGGACGGCCCUCCGCUCUCAUUGGCUGGUGCCCACCACAGCUUGGGCGAAUCAUCCAAUCCCAUGGGACAAAUGUAAACAGCCACACCCCCCCCGUAAAUGGUCAAAGCUGCCAGAAUUUAUCAAAAUGAUGAGCGAUCACUUCCUUUGACAACAUCAUCUGUGCCCCUGAACGUCAGUCAAACAAUCAACGAAUCAAUCAAACCUCCAUCUGAACAUCCAACUCCCAUGUGUUCCUCUUCCUGCAUCACGCCAACUGGAUGGAUUUACUGUAAAUUACGGAGAAUCACGCGGGAUCGGCGUGUAUCUCUUCCUCCGAGCAUUCCUUGUCCAAAAAACGAGACGUUUUAACAAACGUACGAACAUACAACAAAAGAUUCGAAACGCGCCGACAGAAGGGGGGAUUCUUCAAACAUAUCAUGAUGUUGUUGCAACAGCGUUUGGAGGUGUCGCGAGCAGCUCUCUGAGUUUAAUGGCAAUCUCGUCCACACUGUGGAACUUUUGCAACUGUGCCUCAUGGAAUUCCACACGGAAGUCAAAACGGAAGAAGAGAUUUAUGAAAUUCUGAAUCAGUCCAUGUAGAGAUCGGAUCGAGAGAGAGAGAGAGAGAGAGAGAGAGAGAGAGGCGGGCUUUUAAUCAACAACAGUAUUAAAAAAAUUCAGACCUUUGCAAUAAUGAUUUUAUUGUUGUGUACUUAGCAACCGAAAAUGUGGUUCUGGUGAGUUAAAUCUGUUGUAAAAACCAGCAGCUAAUGAAAAUUUCGAGGCCAUUCCUUCACCAGGGUCGAACAAGUCUGGGCUCAUUUUACGAAAACCUCCCCAAGGUCACUUUAUAGGUUAAGAGCAAUCACGCCGUGCUUUAAGAAAGCCACCAUGCCACAUUUAGCAGAAGAUAACGGUCGGAAGCACCGGCAGGUCAUUCCACGUUUUAUUUGUUUGUUUUCUGCCCUACUCUAGCCGUCUACUCUACUAAACCCCUUCCACACCCUAACGAUGCAAUUUUAACAUAACUACACUUCAACCAAUGUGCCUUUUAGAGCUCAUAUCAUCACACAAACCGAGGAGAACAUUAUCAGAACUUUCUAGAAUGCAAGCUUAGGAAAAUGUUAGUCAUUAGGGUCUAUGCAGUCGGGCUUUUGAUGGCCUGGAAUUUAAAAAAAAAAAAGAAAAGUAAAAAGGUAAAAAAGUAUUUUUUUGGAUAAACUGUAUUUAAUGUACUGUAUGCCUAUAUGUAAUUAGAAGGUGUGUCCAGCCCCUCGUGGCCCCGCCCACAGCCCCGCCCACCUGUCAAUGUCGUGAACGACACGUUAUUGAGCUUUGUAUUAUAGCUAUCAGCUUUUCUGAACACUGGCUUGUUGUUGAGCCGCUGUAGUCCUCAGUACAAAUGUGUGGUUAUACGUGUAAAAAAUGGCUUUUUCCUCUUUUUUUAUCUCUCUUAUUCUUUGUCUGUACUGGUUUCUCUGUCAACAAAAAAAAAAAAAAAAAAAAGGAAAAGAAUAAAAUAACAAACGAAACCGCGCGCGUCCAUCCGAGGAUUGGCGGUGGUUUUAUCGACGCAAUCAACAAGAGGCACUGAAACUGGACAAAAAAAAAAAAAGUCUAUUAGAAAAUCGACAUAUAUUUAAAUGUAGAAAUAUAUACAGUAUAUAAAGAGAGGUGUCGAUUGCAUUCGAUUGAAAGUCCGUGAGGAUUUUUCUUUCUUUCCAUAAAGCUUGAGCGGAGACGUUCCAAGAGACGUGACUCUGUUGUGAUAUUUUUCAUGAAUUCAUCGCGGCUGUACCGACGCCUCCGCGGGACCGAAGUGUCAUCCAGAGAAACACGGACAUUUGGAAACUGUAUGCAACAAAUGCAAACUUACCAUUAUUUUGAAACUGUGUAUGUAAAAGUUAUAUUUUUACAUGUAGGCUGUUGUUAUUUUGUGUUUAGAAAAUACGUUGUAUCCGUUUUUUUUCUUUCUUUGUUAUAUAAGGCAAAAAAAAUAUAUUAAUUGUGUGUUGAAAUGUGUCACAUUGAAAAUGUAGUGAAAAAACAAACAAACAAACAAAAAAAAAAAACAUUAUGUUUAUAUUUCUGGGAACAUUUUUCUUUUGUAAAACGUGCGGGUGGGAUCGGGAGUCAAAGCUAUACGAUAAUUCUCUCAUUUCAUCAUUACAUUGUCAUUUUUAAUUGUAUUUUUGUGUAAAUAGAAGUGACAAGCAGAGUUAACGAUGUUUUUCUGGGAUGUGUACUGGCGAACGCUUAUUAUGUGGAUGACGUUAAUGUGUGUCAACAAUCAGAUUUUAAUUUCCCUUGUCACUUUUGGAAAAAGAUUAGUUGUGGAAAAGCUGAGUAGCGAUGCUUCGAAACUACGGCUAAAUUGUGCUACGCAUUCGCCACUCAGAAAUGCAAAAUGUCAUACAUUUUUAUACCUUUUUUUUUUUUUUUUUGCAGGUCCAAAUUGCGUUAUUGUAACGCUGAACGACAACACUCCAACAAAUUGUAUUGAAAAGUGCCGUACAUCUGUACUUUUGCAUUGCUUCACACAUGAUUGUGUACUUGUCUUUCAGUAAAUUCUCAACAUCUGAAGUUGUAUUUUGCCAGUGCUUAAGAUGUUUGACUAAUUCUCUCCUUGUGCCAUCAUGUUGUAGUAGCCGAUUUAAUUACGAUGAUUGCCGUGGAAAAAGAUGCUGUUUUCCUAUUGGUUGUUCAUAAUGUACAUACUUGUUAUUGCUUUUAUUAACUGAUUUUUUUUAGUCAAAAGCAAAACUGAACUGUAAGCGAUCUCUUUUCCAUCGUCAGAAUCAAACUCUGGGCAGUGUUCUCUAAAACUCUGUUGAUUUCAGUGCUCCUCCGAUAGAGAUUUGUGACAUAAAGAUUAUUUGAUGCAAACAGCAA